AUUUACAAAAAUGGGAGGAUUAAUAGAAAAAGAGGAAAGGGUUUGGAGAAGAUAUGUCUCCUUCUCAUACUGAUCUGCAUUAGUAUUCACUUUGUUUCUCCAAUAACACUUUCCUCCUGGUAGCUGAAGACUUUCUGAGUAGCAUUUUCUAUAAUGUAAAUUUAAUUUUACAUUCAAUUUAAUAAUCUCUCAACUAUUCUCUGUUUUCAAACUCUUCUUAUUGAUCACUACAACUUCAAAAGGGAUCAAAUUAUUAUUUUUUAUUCCAAUGUUCUGAAAGAAAGUUUGGACGCAUCAGACCUUUUCCAUUUUUUUAGAGAUUUUGUUCCAGAAAUAACCCAUAAUGGAAUGGCAGAAAUAUUGAACAAGACAGCUAUGGUAACUGAGUUCAUUCUUGUAGGCUUCGCCCGCAUCCGAUGGCUGCAGAUUCUCCUCUUUUGGGUCAUCCUUCUCACUUACCUUUUGACCAUCAUGGGAAACCUUCUCAUCAUCUACAUCACUCUGGUUGACCAUCGCCUCCAUACCCCUAUGUACUUUUUCCUCAGGAACUUCUCUGUCUUGGAAAUAGGAUUUACUUCUUCUGCCAUCCCUAAGGCUUUGUUUAACUUGGCCUCAGGCAACAACACCAUUUCUCUUGCUGGCUGCUUUUCACAAGCCUUUUUCUAUUUUAUUUUGGGCACCGCUGAAUUCUUUAUUCUGUCCACAAUGUCCUUUGACCGGUACGUAGCCAUCUGCAACCCUCUUCGCUACACAGUCAUUAUGAACAGCCAAUUGUGUACUCAGUUAGUGGUAGGAUCUUGGAUUAUCAGUUUCCUUUAUGUCAUAACGCCCCUCAUUCUAUUAUUUCGUUUGCCCUUCUGUGGUCCAAAUAUCAUCAAUCACUUCUUCUGUGACAAUAUGCCACUGAUCAAACUUGCCUGCAUCAACACCCAAUUUCUGGAAUUGAUGGAUUUUCUCAUGGCCACCUUUACUGUGCUGGGGACUUUGGCUAUCACAAUAAUUUCGUACAUUAAAAUCAUUGCUGCUGUCAUGCACAUUCCUUCCAGAACUGGAAGGCAAAAGGCUUUCUCCACUUGUGCUUCUCACAUUGUGGUAGUUUUCAUCACCUACGGGAGCUGCAUUUUCAUGUAUGUCAAGCCCACACGAAGUGGUGGACUGGACCUCAGCAAGACGGUAGGUGUUCUGAACAAUGUGGUUUCUCCUUUGCUCAACCCCUUCAUUUACAGCCUGAGAAACAAGCAGGUGAAAACAGCUUUGAAGGAUGCUUGUGGAUGGAGAUGAGCAUCUUCUAGUCAGGGGAAUGAGAUAUUUGAGAAUGAAUAUAAGGGCAUGUACAACAUCAAACCGAUGACAGCGUGUAGAUUCCAUACUUCAGUCCUUCAGAUGGGAAAGUUAAUGAACUAAGAGAAAAGACAGAGAGACUGAGAGAAAGAAAAAAGGACUUUGAAGAAUAUUUGUUAUCCUUUGUUAUCCUUGUAGAUACUGCUCAAUUAAUAAAGGGCCUAAAGACUGGGCUCUACCAGUUGGUCUGCGGUUCAAAUGGUGGAGUUCCAGUCUGGAGAUGGCUGUUGAAUUGCUGGCAGACUACACACACACACACACACACACACACACACACACACACACACACACACUUGUUCUCUGCUCUGUAUCUGUCCCUCUCUUUUUUUUGGUAAUCAUAUAGCUGUAUUUCUCAUUAUAUUCUUUUUCAUGGUUUAUUUCAUUGCUUUGUUACCUUAUUCCUGUUUCUUUUCACAUUUUUUUUUCAUUUCUCCUUUUUACGGUUAUAAACCCAUCAUGGUGAGAUAGGGGGCAAAUAAUUUUAAUAAAUAAAUAAACAUUGUAUGUA